AUGGCUGGUCGAGGUGGGGUAGAGAAAACUCCAAAGGGGGAACUUGUGUGGGAUGGGAAGGUCCCAUCAGAGUGUCAAUCCGACCCAUCCAUCCUACGGUUCAACCCUGAGCGCCAAUGGGAGAUAGCACACGAACCUCUCCAUUUGGGGAUUGACGUCGGCAAAACGAAAACUCCAGGGAUUGGUCCGGGGAUACCGUUUGCUCACCAGUUGAAAGAAAAAGCUGGACAAAAGGCAGGCAUCGUGGGUUUAGUUCCUUGUGCUAGGGGUGGCACUUUAAUUGAACAAUGGAUUAAAAACCCUAGCAAUCCUAGUGCAACUUUUUACCAAAAUUUCAUCGAACGAAUUAAAACAUCAGAAAAAGAAGGUGGGGUUGUGCGUGCUUUGUUUUGGUAUCAAGGAGAAAGCGAUGCGGCUAUGAAUGACACUGCUCAAAGAUACAAAGACAACUUAAAGAAGUUCAUCACCGACAUCCGCAAUGAUAUAAAACCUAGAUUCUUGCCUGUCAUUAUUGUUAAGAUAGCCCUCUAUGACUUUUUUAUGAAGCACGAUACUCAUAAUUUGCCAGCAGUGAGAGCAGCUGAAGAUGCAGUCCAGAAAGAGCUUCCAGACAUCAUUACUAUUGACUCUUGGGAGUUGCCUAUGAACUUGACUACAUUUGAAGGCUUUUCUUGGGAUCAUGGUCAUUUUAAUACCGCAACUGAGAUUGCUUUGGGCAAAUGGUUGGCUGACACAUAUCUCGCCCACUAUGGUCAUUUACUAUGA